UCUAUUGGGUAAAUUUCCAACCUCUUAUACUGUGUUUAGUUUUUUUUGUAAAAUAUAAUAAGUAUUAAAAGCAUGAUUGUGUGUAUAAUUAGUUAAUUUUUACGUCUGUUAAUUGCAAAAAUUCAAGGUUACCAGCAACUAUAAAGUACCGAUUGAUUCACUGUAAUGUCUUGAAUUUGGAUUUGUCAAAAGGUUGAUCAAACAAUCGUCAGUUUUAUACUCUAUUUGGAAAGAGAAACAAAGAAGACCCAGUGACCAUUUCCAGUGAAAAAGGUAACACUCAUCAUCAGCCAAGUGAUUUAGCAGAUAAAAGAAUACUUAACAAACCUUGAAGAAGUAAAAAAGAAAGCUUUAUCAUCGUUACUAUUGGCAAAGGAUCCCGUUUCUAUUGGUGAUGGAUUGUAAAUUGGUUAAUUGUAAUCAACAAAGGCCGAUAAUACGUGGUUCCCUUGCCCGAAGUUUGUAUGAGAGGAUGCUCCGUGAGGAACAGUUGAGAAAUUUUGACAGUUCCAAAUGGUACAAAUGUGAUUUAACCAAAGUCGAUGAAUCUAUUGCUUCCAAGUUUGUCGAAUUAUCGUAUGACACGGAAACAGAUAAUUUUAUCAAAACGUGCUACCAGAAAUCCGAUUGGUUAUUUACUCACAUCUUCAAUGCUUUGGCUCAGGCAUUUUUGGGUCUCUUCAUGACUGCCACCUCAAUAAAUGGAUUAUUGAAGCGAGGAUCAAUGUUUGUUUUCUCUAACCAACAAUUCAGUCUCAUCUACGAUGAAAUUAAUUCAGUUGAAUCUGACUCAGAAUCUCUUCUAUUGGAUAUUGGAUCUGGAGAUGGAAGAGUAACUUCAGUGAUGGCCAAAUAUUUUCAUAAAACAUAUUGUACCGAGGUUAGUCCAGUGAUGAAAAGACUGCUGGCCAAGAGAGGAUAUGAAGUUUUAGAUGUUGAUAAAUGGUUUGAAAAUGAUCUGUCUUUCAACCUUAUCAGUUGUUUAAAUGUGCUAGAUCGAUGUGAUCGUCCAUUAAGCAUGAUAAAAAAGAUGAGGCAAAAAAUUAAACCCAAUGGACGAAUAUUGCUCGCUUUGGUUCUUCCUCUUAACCAGUAUGUUGAAUCAUCAAGCAAUGGACACAAACCCAGUGAAGUAAUAAAUUUGACUGGAAAUUCAUUGGAACAACAUGCUCAAUCAUUUAUCCAAGAUUAUAUCGAACCAAAUGAUUUAGAAUUGGUUGCCUGGACUAAAGUACCAUACUUAUGUGAAGGUGAUCUCGAGUUGUCCUAUUAUUGGCUAAACGAUGUCCUUUUUCUCCUUAAACCAAAACAAAGUUGAUUCCAAUUGUUACCUAAUUGUGACUAAAUCAUCAUAGACAUUAUUACAUUAUGAACGUCCUGUUAACUCGUAACGGAUCAAAAACACCAAUUUUUCACCGCAUAACCUUUCAAUGUCAAUUUUUAUUGAAUUUUAACCAGUUCUUUAGUCAAGAACAUUAAUGUGCGAACAGCUUCAUUCAAAUUACACUUGACUUCGAAAAAAUAUCCUGUUUCUUUAUACGAAAUUUGAAAAGGAUUCAACUUAAGAGAGAAUAUGCGUUUUCUCAAAUGACAAAAAUUAUAUCUGUUGAUUGUUUAAGAAGUGAUAAUAUUGAUAAAUCUGUUGAAGGUUUCAUUUUGAAAUUAAUCUAUCAUUGCCAAUUCAAUUAGCCAAGCCUGUUAAAAUGAUCAAACAACUUCAUCAAGUAUUUAAAUUCAUCCAUUUUUUCCAUUGAGCCUAUUGUAUUUUAAAUGAAGCUGUUUUUCUCUGAUUUAUUUCAAUUUUUGAUGCUUUAAUGGACAAAGACGCCCCAUAAAAGACAGAAUCGCAAAGUUAUGUGUUAAAUGUGCUUUUUGACUGUUUCUUAAUUUAAACAUCUACUCCCAUCUUUAUUUUGCCUAUUGCGCCUUAAUCACCCUUCGAUUUGCAUAUUGUGUCCAUCAAAUUUAUUCCUCCUAUUCCAUCAAAUGUAAUCACCUUUUCUUUUGGUAUUUUUUGUUAAUUAUUCGAGUUAAAUCGUCAUGGCCCACCUUUCAAUUCUUUCCAUAAAGCUUUUGUUUUAAAAUAAACAAAUUGUAAAACCAAA